AGCCUAGGCACUUAUUCGGCUCAACCUCAGCACAGAAGGACAGAUGCCUCCCCGAGUGGACUGAUGAAACUUUUCAAACAAAAAAAGAAACCCGCAAAUAGUCCCAAUGUUGCCAAGCUCAUGUAUCUAGAGAAUCUUGAAACUUCCGAUUUUGACACCAUCUCCACAGAGGGUUACCAACGAAUUCUCAAGGGCGAGCGCAUGUAUCAAGACGACGCCAGCUAA